AUGGGAAGGCGUGGCGAUCAUAUGAAGCGAGCUGAUGGCGUGAGUUGGCUUCAUCUCAUCACGACACCACAUCGACGAUAUACUAACAGGAUCCAGGACGAGUCAUUCACAUAUGGCAUCCACACCACCUAUGCCAAACCCCAAAACUUCAAGCACAACAUCGGGCCCGGUCUGCCCGGCGGUUCCACCUGGGAAUGGUCUGAAGAGAAGAGCGUGACAGACAGCGUCUCCUUCAGCUCCUCGGUGUCUGCCGGCAUCGAAGGUAUACUCAGCGCAUCGCUGUCGACGGAGAUUUCCUCGUCCACUACAACCACCAGUGGCCAGGCAAGUACGAUUACAAUCAAUUGCGAAGAGUAA